CUCGCCAUACAAGGCUGUGACUGCUGCUUGGACUCUUCGGCCAGGCCAACAUUAUUUUUGUUGUGUAGACCACAGUGUGGCACGCACCAACCUGCAGGUCUGCUGGGUUGUUUCCUCUACAGCUUUGAGGUUUAGGGACUGCGUGUGGGACGCCCAAACAGGCAGCGAGGCUCCUAAAAAGUCAGAGCAGGUACGAGGAGAGACCUGCAGCAUGUCUGGAUCUAUACCCUUCUACCAGAAGCACCACCGCCACUAUGACCGCGGCUACCGUAGCAGGGAGGCCGAGUCAAAGCUGAGCCAGUACCAGUCCAGCAGCAGGUACAGUGCUGCCAGCAGCACUAGCAGCAGCAGGCGACUUAACCUGUCUUCACUUUCUGGGCUGGACGAGUGCCGUGUGAGCCCCACUCCAAAGAGAGCCAAGCCAACUUACUUGGCUGUGGACAAAGAGAACCAAAUCAUCGGCUAUGUAGUGCCUAUCUUCAGGGGCAGUCAAGAGUUUGCUUCUGGAGUUUCGGACACAGAGGGAGCAAGGGGGAGGGACACAUCAUCGCACAUGGCUCGCAGGGGCUUGUUCACCAGUGGCCUGGAGAUGGAGCGGUCAGAGCAGAUCUCCAGGAAGGAGGCCAUGCGCGAGUCGGCCGAGCGCAUCUCUAUGAGCAAAAGGAUCCAUGAACACGAGGAGCACUUCAAACGCAUGAACGAAGACAGCCUGAUGCACGCCCCAGAGUUCGUGAUCAAGCCGCGCUCCCACACCGUGUGGGAGAAGCAGUGUGUGCGGCUGCACUGCACCGUCAGCGGCUGGCCCAACCCGCGGGUCGUCUGGUACAAAAACAAUGUGGCCAUUGACCCGCUCGCCAACCCGGGCAAGUUUAAGAUUGAGAGCAGAUACAACGUGCACUCGCUGGAGGUGAACAAGUGCGAUUUUGAUGACACGGCGCAGUAUCGCGUCUCCGCCAUGAACGCCAAGGGAGAGCUGUCGGCAUUCGCCUCCAUCGUGGUCAAGAGGUUCAAAGGGGAAGUUGAUGAUUCCCUGCCAGCCCCCAGACACGGCCCCGUCUCUGAGUACGGCAUCACCUUCCAGACUCACAUUGUGGACAAGUUCGGCGUGUCGUUUGGAAGAGAGGGCGAGACCAUGAGUUUGGGCUGCACGGUCGUCAUCUCGCCGCCUCUGCACCGCUACCAGCCAGAGGUGGAGUGGUACCGAGACGACGUCCUGCUGGCUCCUUCCAAAUGGCACCACAUGCACUGGAGUGGAGACCGGGCCACGCUGACGUUCACGCACCUCAACAAAGAGGAUGAGGGGCUCUACACCCUGAGGGUCACCACCAAGUCUGGAUACGAAACCUACUCGGCCUAUCUGUUUGUCAGAGAUGCUGACGCUGAAGUGGAAGGAGCUCCGGGUGCUCCACUGGACGUUCGCUGUCUGGACGCCAACAAGGAUUACAUCAUCGUCACCUGGAAGCAGCCGGCCGUGGACGGCGGCAGCUCCAUCCUGGGCUACUUCGUCGACAGGUGUGAGGUGGGAACCGCCCACUGGAUCCAGUGCAAUGACACGCCGGUCAAGUUCGCCCGCUUCCCCGUCACCGGCCUGGUGGAGGGCCGCUCCUACACCUUCCGCGUGCGCGCCGUCAACAAGAGCGGCAUCAGCCACCCGUCCAGGGUGUCUGAACCGGUGGCGGCCAUGGACCCAGCGGACCGGGCCCGCAUGAGAGGUACCUCUGCUCCCUGGACCGGCCAGAUCAUCGUCACGGAGGAGGAACCUGCAGAGGGCGUCGUCCCCGGCAAACCUCGCGAGCUGCAGGUGACUGAGGCGACCAAGAACUACGUGGUGCUGAGCUGGAAGCCGCCGGGGGAGAAGGGCCUGGAGGGCGUCAUGUACUACGUGGAAAAGUGCGUCUCCGGCACAGACAGCUGGCAGAGGGUGAACACCGAGAUCCCCGUCAAGUCGCCUCGCUUCGCGCUGUUCGACCUCGCCGAGGGCAAAUCCUACAGCUUCCGCGUGCGCUGCUGCAACGCGGCCGGCGUCGGGGAGCCGUCGGAGCCCACGGGAGCGACCACGGUCGGAGACAAGCUCGAUAUCCCAUCAGCCCCGGGGAAGGUUGUCCCCACCAGAAACACGGACACGUCGGUGGUGGUGUCCUGGGAGGCGUCUCGUGAUGCCACUGAGCUGGUGGGCUACUACAUCGAGGGCAGCGUCGUGGGCAGCAGCGUGUGGGAGCCGUGCAACAACAAACCCGUGAAGGCAACCAGGUUCAUCUGCCACGGUCUGACCACCGGAGAGAAGUACGUGUUCCGGGUGAGGGCCGUGAACGCCGCGGGCCUCAGCCAGUUCUCCCAGGAGUCGGAGCCGGUGGAGGUGAAGGCUGCUAUCGGGGGCGGCAUCCCUCACGGUGUGUUGCCCGAGACGGGGCCAGGGGGUAACAUGGGCCCACUAAUCGAGCACAGGCCACACUGGACGGGCACGCAUGACCCUGUCCAGUCCCCUCCUCACACUGCGCAAGCGUGCAAUCAGAAAACUCAGGCUGACACUGAACCCCGGGCGGGGCGCCGCGCCGCCGGCGCAGGCCUCACGCGGGUCAGCCAACCCCAGGGGGGCGCCAGCGAGUCCUGGGCCCCCGUCCUGGCUAAAGACCUGCUCUCAGAGUCUGUGUCAGACUCAGUUUCCAGCUCACUCACUGACAAAGUCACGGCAGCGCAGUUAGAGCCGGUCACUGCUGAGGUCCAGCAUCGGGCCGCGGACGCGGCCGACGGGCCUGAGGCCGAGCGGGCGCGUAAGUUCUCUGUAGAUGCGUCUGCUAAACGGGACAAAGCAGGACCCCGGACGGAGACGGGAGCCUCCCCCGCUCCUCCCUACGGCAUCAGUGUGCUGGAGUGUGUGCGCGACUCCAUGGUGCUGGCCUGGAAGCAGCCCAGCUGCGCCGGCGGCGCCGACAUCACCGGCUACUUCGUGGAUUACCGCGAGGUCGCCGAUGGCGUUCCCGGCAAGUGGCACGAGGCCAACAUCAGGGCCGUCAGCGAGAGGGCCUACAGAGUGUGUGACCUGAAGGAGAACAGGAAGUAUCAGUUCCAGGUGCGAGCGGCCAACAUGGCGGGCGUGGGCAUCCCGUCUCGUCCCAGUGACACCUUCCUGUGUGAGGAGUGGACCAUCGCCGUGCCGGGACCCCCUCAUGAUCUGCAGCUGAGAGAAGUGCGCAGUGACUCUCUGGUGUUGCUAUGGAAACCGCCCGUGUACCAGGGACGCGAUCCGGUCAACGGCUACUAUGUGGACAUCAAGGAAGGGGACGCGCCGGAGGAGGCCUGGAGAGGCGUCAACAGCAAGGCCACGGAGGCCACGUACCUCAAGAUUCAGCAUCUGAAAGAGGGCGAGACGUACGUGUUCCGCGUGCGCGCUCAGAACAAGGCCGGCGUUGGGAAGACCUCGGACGUCACGGAGCCGGUCCCAGCCGUGACCAAACCAGGCACCAAGGAGAUCGUGGUGAGCGUCGAUGACGAGGGCAUCGUCUCCCUGAACUUUGAAUGCGGAGCCAUGAAGCCCGACUCCAAAUUUGUGUGGUCCAAGAAUUACGAGGAAAUCACAGAGCCAACUCGUCUGACGAUCGAGACCAAGGGAAACAAGUCCAAAGCUGCUUUCAAAGCUCUGGGGGAGGAGGAUGUUGGAAUUUACUCGUGCCUCGUGACCCACACUGAUGGUGCUUCAUCCAGUUACACUCUCUCUGAGCAAGAACUCAAGAAGCUGCUGGAGAUCAGUCAUGACCACAAAUUCCCCAUUAUUCCCUUGAAGUCAGAGUUGGCCGUGGAGAUGCUGGAAAAGGGCAAAGUUCGCUUCUGGCUGCAGGCGGAGAAGAUCUCAGCAAACGGCAAAGUCGAUUACGUGUUCAACGAUAACGUUCUCUCUCAGGGCGAGAAAUACAAGAUGAACUUUGACAAGAACACAGGGGUGAUCGAGAUGAUCAUGGAUUCUUUGACCCCAGCUGACGAGGGCACGUUUACCUUCCAGCUGCAGGACGGGAAAGCGACCAACCAGUCCAGCCUGGUGCUCAUAGGAGACGUGUUCAAGAGUCUGCAGAAAGAAUCCGAGUUCCAGCACAAAGAGUGGUUCAGAAAGCAAGGUCCUCAUUUCAUCGAGUAUCUGAGCUACGAGGUGACCAACGAGUGCUGCGUUAUACUCAAAUGCAAGGUGGGCAACGUGAAGAAGGAGACCUCCGCGCUGUGGUACAAGGACGGACACGAGAUCAAGUCGGACGAGCACCUGGGCUUCACCGAGGGCGUGCUGAAGCUGGAAAUAGCUCAGAUCUCCAAGAAGGAUUCCGGUGUGUAUGAGGUGGUUCUGAAGGACGACAGAGGAAAGGACACUUCUACACUGAACCUGACAAAUCAAAGUUUCAAGGAUUUAAUGAACGAAGUCUUCAGUUUUAUUGCAAACUCCUCCACUCCCCUAAAGAUCACAAGCACAGAUGAAGGCAUCCGGCUCUACACAUUUGUCAACUACUAUAACGAUUUACUCCAAGUGACGUGGCAUUACAAGGAUUCCGCCAUCGCCUUCUCGGACCGCAUAAAGAGCGGCGUGGUGGGGGAGCAGCUGUGGCUUCAGAUCAAAGAGCCCACGGAAAAGGACAUGGGCAAAUACGCCAUCGAGUUCAACGACGGCAAGGGAGGCCUGAGGAGGUCCGUGGAGCUGUCUGGCCAAGCAUUUGAUGACGCCUUUGCAGAGUUUCAGAGACUGAAAGCUGCUGCUAUCGCAGAGAGAAGCCGUGCUCGAGUAGCUGGAGGCCUCCCUGAUGUGGUCACCAUCCAGGAGGGCAAGGCUCUCAACCUCACCUGCAACAUCUCGGGCGACCCCGUGCCGGAGGUCACCUGGCUGAAGAACGACAGGGAGAUCACGUCCGACGACCACUGCAUCCUGAAGUUCGCGUCGGGCAAGUUCGCCAGCUUCACCAUCACCGGCGUGACCGUGUCGGACUCCGGCAAGUACAGCAUCCUGGUGAAGAACAAGUACGGCACGGAGAGCGGGGACUUCACCGUAAGUGUCUUCAUCCCAGAAGAGGCGGGCGGCAAGAAAAAAUAGAGGCGGUCCAAAUCGUGUCGCGAAUUUGUACAAAAAAAAAAAUCUGCGGACGCCAGAAAGGUGCUUGAGGAGGUGUUGGAUGUUUUGUGUAGAGUAUAAACAGAUAUUUAGAGGUGCUGAAUCUGAAAAAGGAAUGUGGAGUGGGGUUAAGAAUAAUGAACCUUUUGACAAUUGCAUUUAUGUUCACUGAGCUCAUUUAAGAACUGGUGCAAUUUGUGUCAAAUAUCAUUCAUUUUUCGGUGUUUGCUUUAGACUAAACUUUCCAGGUCACGCUGUAGUUUAAGACGAAUUGAUGGGAUGGAUGCAGCACAGAAGACAGUCAGUUAUUUGAAAAAAUGAGCCACCUCACAGACACAGUUUCCACUUUUCCCUUUUAUUUGUUUGUUUCAUUUCACUUUCACUGUCACAUUAUGAUGAACGCUCUUCACCGCUGGUUUCACGUCCCAGUCCCAGUCCACCAUUAAUAAUUCUGUCUUUGUGAUGAUGAUAUUAAUGAUCACACUGUAAUGGCGACACUGUUAAUGCCAACAACAGUGAUUCUUUCUUCAUUUCCCCUGUUUCUGGAUGACACUAAUAAAAAGCAUGUGCCCCACA